AUUCCGUGGGGAGACAUGGCUAGCUUAGCGCUGCUCCAGAGGCAGUUUGAUGUGGACAUUCUUAUCUCAGGACACACACACAAAUUUGAAGCAUUUGAUCAUGAGAAUAAAUUCCACAUCAACCCAGGGUCUGCCACCGGGGCCUAUAAUGCCUUGGAAACAAAUAUUAUUCCAUCAUUUGUGCUGAUUGACAUCCAGACUUCUACUGUGGUCACUUAUGUCUAUCAGCUAAUUGGAGAUGACAUCAAAGUAGAACGAAUUGUGUAUAAAAAGUCAUAAAGCCAGGCUGGUCUCCACCACUUAUUUUUUCCUCAUUUCAUUGUUCAAAUCAAAUAAUUAAACACUUAAGAGGCA